GGUGCUGCGUUUGGCGCGGAGCGCUACAAACUCUGGGCGCGGGGCAGCAGUGGAGAGGCCGCUCGCUCGCUCGCUCGUCUGCCGCUGUUUGCUCCACGCCGGUCGUAAGUGCCAAACGUGGCUCGCCAUGGGGCUGAUUCGCUUCUACGCGAGUCCAGAGCGCGGCUUGUGGAGCAGGAAGAUCGUGAAGAGCGCGGAGGCGGCCGCCUCGCUGGAGGCGGUGAGCGGCACCGCCGCCACGGAGCUCUGCUACAAUGUGGAGUGGGAGGGCCCCGAGGCGCCAACGGCCGAGGAGAGGCGCAAGCUCCUCUGGCUCUUCCACCCCAUGCUGGGCGGCCCGGCCGCGUCGAGCCAAAGCUGCCUGAACCCUGAAGGGAACGACUGCCUCAUCGAAGUCGGACCCAGGCUCAAUUUCUCCACCGCUUGGUCGACCAACGCGGUAUCCAUCUGCCACUCCAUCGGGCUGCAUCACGUGAAGCGAAUUGAAUGCUCGCAGCGCCAUCUCUUCAAGGUCCAUGGCGAGGAGGCGGUGGGCGAGCAGGCCCGGCGCGUGCUGGCGAGCGGCCUGCACGACCGCACGACGGAGUGCGUGUACGACCAUCCGCUGGGCUCCUUCGCGCUCAGCGUCCGCACGGAGCCCGUUACUGACGUCGACGUCCUGGGAGAGGGACGCGCCGCCCUGGAGAGAGCCAACCGCGAGCUGGGCCUGGCGCUGGAUGAGUGGGACCUGGAUUACUACACGCGACUGUUCCGCGAGCGCGUGGGCCGGAACCCGACGAGCGUGGAAUGCUUCGACAUCGCGCAGUCAAACAGCGAACACAGCCGCCAUUGGCUGUUCCGCGGCCGCCUCACCGUGGACGGCCAAGCCUUGGAGGAGUCGCUCUUCGACAUGAUCAUCGGCACUCAGCAGCACAGCAACCCCAACAACGUCAUCAAGUUCAGCGACAACAGCAGCGCCAUACGCGGAGGGGAGGUGCGCUGCCUGGUCCCCGCGGAGCCCGGCGCGCCGAGUGCGCUCCAGGAGACGCUCACCACACGGCACGUCAUCUUCACGGCCGAGACUCACAACUUCCCCACAGGUGUGGCGCCGUUCAGCGGGGCCACAACCGGGACGGGCGGGCGGAUUCGCGAUGUGCAGAGCACGGGCCGCGGCGCCCACGUCAUCGCCGGCACCGCCGGGUACUGCUUCGGCAACCUCCUUAUCCCCGGGUACGAGCUGCCCUGGGAGGACUCCUCGUUCCGGUACCCCGGCAACUUCGCCACCCCGCUGGAGAUCGCCGUCGAGGCCAGCAACGGGGCGUCGGACUACGGCAACAAGUUCGGGGAGCCGCUGCUGGCAGGCUUUGCGCGCUCCUUUGGGCUGCGCCUGCCGAGCGGCGAGCGUUGCGAGUGGGUGAAGCCGGUGAUGUUCAGCGGCGGCAUCGGAGCCAUCGAGGAUCGGCACGUCGGCAAGAUGCCGCCAGAACCCGGCAUGGCGGUGGUGAAGAUGGGAGGCCCGGCGUACAGAAUCGGCGUAGGAGGAGGGGCAGCCUCUUCCGUCGAGGUUCAAGGGGACAACUCGGCGGAGUUGGACCUGGGCGCGGUGCAGCGCGGCGACGCGGAGAUGGAGCAGCGAAUGAACCGUGCCCUGCGUGGCUGCAUCGAGAUGGGUGGCGACGCCAACCCGGUGCUGUCCAUACACGACCAGGGUGCGGGCGGCAACGGAAACGUUCUCAAGGAGCUCGUGGAGCCCGCCGGAGCCGUGAUCCACGCGUCCAACUUCUCGGUGGGGGACCCGACGCUGAGUGCGCUGGAGCUGUGGGGCGCCGAGUACCAGGAGAGCAACGCGCUGCUCGUGUCGCCGGGCGGGCUGCCCGCACUGCGCCGCCUGUGCCGCCGCGAGCGCUGCCCGCUGGAUGUCGUGGGCACGGUCACCGGCGACGGCAGGGUGGUGCUGGUGGAGGACCGGGCGGGGCAGGGUGGCGGUGCCGGUGGUGCAGGACGCGGCCCCCCCGUGGACCUGCAGCUCGACUGGGUGCUCGGCAAGAUGCCCCGCAAGGAGUUCGUGAUGGCGCACGAGAACGUCGCCCUGGCGCCGCUGCAUCUGCCCGAUGGUCUGAGCGUUCGUCAGGCGCUGGAGCGAGUCCUGCGCCUCCCGUCGGUCGCAAGCAAACGCUACCUCACCAACAAGGUGGACCGCUCGGUGACGGGCCUGGUGGCCCAGCAGCAGUGCGUGGGGCCUCUGCACACGCCGCUGGCCGACGUGGCGGUCGUGGCCCACUCGAUGUGCGGCACCGUCGGUGCGGCCACCAGCGUCGGGGAGCAGCCCAUCAAGGGCCUCGUGGACCCGGCUGCCGGGGCCCGCAUGGCGGUGGGGGAGGCCCUCACCAACCUGUGCUUCGCCCGCACUGAUUUGCGCGACGUGAAAUGCAGCGGGAACUGGAUGUGGGCCGCCAAACUGCCCGGGGAGGGCGCGCGCCUCGUGGCCGCGUGCCGGGCCAUGUGCUCGUGCAUGCGCCAACUCGGCAUCGCCGUGGACGGUGGCAAGGACUCGCUCAGCAUGGCCGCCCGUGUCGGCUCCAACACCGUCAAGGCUCCCGGUGACCUCGUGAUUUCGGCCUACGUGGGCUGCCCUGACAUCACGGCCACCGUAACCCCAGACCUCAAGAGCCCGGAUGGCGAAGGCGUGCUGCUGCACGUGUCCCUGGGGCCCGCCAAGCACCGGCUGGGUGGCAGCGCACUGGCGCAGUGUUACGGGCAGAUCGGGGACUCGAGCCCCGACAUGGAUAGCCCGGAGACGGUGGUGGCCGGCUUCAACGUCACGCAGGAGCUGCUGGUUGAGCACGCGAUAUCGGCGGGACACGAUGUGAGUGACGGCGGACUGCUCGUGUGUCUGCUGGAGAUGGCCUUCGCUGGGAACCGCGGCAUCGAUGUUGAAAUGCCGGGCGAAGCCGGCUCCUCCGCACUGGAGCUGCUCUUUGCCGAAGAGCUGGGCCUGGUGCUGGAGAUGUCUCCGGCUCUCGCUGAUGCCGUGUGCCGUCGCUACCGCAGCGCCGGCGUGGCGUGCAGGCGUGUCGGGCGCAUCGUCGGAGAGGGGGAGACGGCGCAGGUGCGUGUGUGCGUGUCGGGAGAGGAGCUGCUGAGUGAGCCACUGGGCGCUCUGCGCGAUGUCUGGGAGGCCACCGGCUUCGCCCUGGAGGAGCUGCAGGCCAACCCGGCCUGCGUGCGGCAGGAGCGCGAGGGGCUGUCCCGGCGCGUCGCCCCCCCUUACCGCCUGACCUUCGACCCCAGCGUUUCUCCAAGUGUUCCAAAGAGCCUCGCGUCGGCGCGGCCCCUCGUGGCCACGGUCCGGGAGGAAGGCAGCAACGGGGACCGGGAGAUGGCGGCGGCCCUGCACAUGGCCGGCUUUGAGGUGUGGGACGUGACGAUGAGCGACGUGUGCACGGGCGCCGGGACGCUUGAGCGCUUCCGAGGCCUCGUCUUCGUCGGCGGCUUCAGCUACGCGGACGUCCUGGGCUCCGCUAGAGGCUGGGCGGCGUCCGUGCUGUUCAACGCGAGCGCCCGCGCGCAGUUCGCGGCGUUCCGGCGCCGAUCCGACACCUUCAGCCUCGGCGUCUGCAACGGCUGCCAACUCAUGGCGCUGCUGGGCUGGGUGGGCGACGGCGCCGGCGGCGUGGACGAUGGCGGUGACGGCCACGAGGAGGCACUGGCGCCCGGCGUGGUGCUGGCAUCCAACGUGUCGGGCCGCUUUGAAUCGCGCUUCGUGAGCGUGCGCGUCCAGGAGGACUCCCCAGCACUCAUGCUGAGCGGCAUGGGGGGCUCCGUGCUGGGUGUGUGGGUGGCGCAUGGAGAGGGUCGCAUGGCAUUUAGCAGCGAGGAGCAGCUGGAGCGCCUCAUCGCGGGCAAGCUGGCACCCCUCCGCUACGUGGACGACCAGGGCAGCCCCACCGAGAGCUACCCCCUCAACCCCAACGGCUCGCCGCGCGGGGUGGCUGCGCUCUGCUCGCCGGACGGGCGCCACCUGGCCAUGAUGCCGCACCCGGAGCGCUGCGUGCUGCCCUGGCAGUGGGCGUGGGCGCCCGCCGCGUGGCGCGGCUCCGUCACGACCUCGCCGUGGCUGCGCUUGUUCCGCAACGCUCGCGCCUGGUGCCUGCAGGACGGCGCCGCGGCGUCCCAAUAGGCGACGGCGCCGCGCGACGGGACCCGCGGUUGCCGCCCGUGUCCCGGUGGUCCCCGCGUCGUCCUCCCUCUGGAGCGCCCUCUGGUGGAGACCCUCCUGCCGGCGAUCGAGGGUCCGCACCCUGGCCCCGAUGUGCCGCGGUGGGGGGGGCCUCGUUAACGACGCAGCUUCUGAACCAUCUCUUCUGCUUCUCACGUCUUUAAAGACGAACCUGAUUCUCCGGGACUAUUCACAUGCACAACUGUUCACCAGCCUAAAUAAUGAAUGGGUCACAACCCACAACCUCUUUACCCCCCCCACUCCAGAACCAGCAGUGGAAAUUCCACAGUGCAAAGGCAAUGGCGUACCUGGUGGGACGUGAAUACGUUGCGAUUGGAGAGACAAAGGUGGCCGGGAUUGUCGUUGGCCACUACUCUCCGUUGUGUGCCGUGCCGACCUUCAUAGGUUGCUCUCUAACGACAUUUGCCGCCCUGCUAGUCUGAAGCUAUACGGGGAUCUCUGUCAUUGUUGUACGAGCUCAUUGGCCUUGGGAGAGAUGCUGUACGCACAAGGGGUGACCCCAAAUCGCUGGUGUUCAACUCAAUUGAUUGCAGUGUGGAAAUUCCACGUUCCCGUGGUAUGGGCAUAGUGCAGGCUUGCUGCUGUACAGCCGGCAUGCCUCUAUGACCAUAGCUGCCUGCACUCGCUGUCUGCUCUUGGUGCCGCUGCUGUCCUCAGACGGCUGUAGUAUUCCACGUGUCGCUGAUGAUCCUUGUUCCGAGCGAAGCUCCCCCGUCAGUCGGAGGCCCUUUCGCCAGCUCGCGGUGGCAUGGAGCAGCCACUCGCACGGCUGUUAAAACGCUCGGCAAUGCUCACCCACGCAAAACGUGAAUUAUUUAAAAUAAUGUCCGUCCCCUGCGUAGCCACUGCUUGAUGGAAGGGGCUGCGCACUGCUCCGACAAACGCAUCGCGCUGUAUUUGCCGUGACCGUGCCUUAGGAACGUUUGCAAUCUUCAUUCAUUCGUUCAACUGUUGCUGCUAGAACGCCGCCAAUAAAACAAACGCAAG